UUAAAUUACCGCAUCUAAAAACUUCCUAACAAUGAGUACUCAAGGUUGCUCACUGAAAGAACUAAAGAGGCAUUUUGAUUUAUCUUCACAUAACCAUAACAGUGAUGAGCUUUACGCUAUCGCUGGGAGUCUUACACCAACACAGAGAACAUCCACGAAAUGCCGUCAAUAUGUGGCAGAAUUUGAGGAGAAACAUUUAUUUUAUUUCAGUCUAUUCAAGCCAAAAUAUCACGAUGCCUCACACACCUGGAUUAGAAGAGUCAAAGAGGAUAUUAAAAAUAGCAAACGAAGCGGAGCGGCUCCAACACUGCGAGAAAUAUAUGCAGUGAGCGAAAUAAUCGAAACCGUCAUUUUUCUGUUGUUCGAGGGUGAAGAUGGCACGAUGAAAGCGUUGAAAAUUCAAUCUGUAAUUCGAGAAAACGAUGCCGAUCAACCACCGCUGGUAUUGCUUUUGAUUACAAAUACAGAAUGUCCUUGCUUCCAACGCAUAGAAGGAAAUGUUGCAGACCUGAAAAGAUUACAUAUUGAAAUAAUCAACGCAAACCAUACUGAAUGUCUUGAUAAACGAUUCCGAAAUAAUUUCAAAGAUCUCCAAAGAAACUUCAUGCUUGUUGGAGAAGACAACGACUCUUCGUCGAAAUUAGCUAGAGAACAUUUUGAAUCCAAAACAAAUAUAUUUUCUCUUUGUAGCCAGAUUAUCUAUGGAAACAAAGAUUAUGCCCAAGCUGUUAGAGAGUGUGUAAAAAUGCACAUGGAAGGAGAUGAUUUUCGCGAAGUUUACCUGCAGUUCGUGGAUGUCAAAUCAUACGUCACUAAACACGAGUAUACUGCCAUGGAAACUAUUUCUGACACAGGAAAAAAAGAAAAAGUCCUCGCAAAAUUAACCAAAGAAGCUUUUGAAAAACAUUUGACGGAGUGGCAGUGUUUUACCCUUGAAGAUUUUUUCGCAAUUGCAAGUGUUUACAACGUAGAGGUCUUUGUAAUACCAGUUCAAAAGGAGCAAACAACAUCCAAAAAUGAUAACAAGGGAACGAAAUUGUUCCUGCCUAUAUGUGGGAGUUAUUUGUAUGCAUUUAAGACUCCUUUUGUUUUCCAGAAAAUUUCUGAAAUAUUAUUUAAAGGCAAUUUAAAUGACCAUGAUUGUCUCUGUUGCAUGCGUGCACCCGAUGUUUGUGGAAAUUUUCCGAUUAUAAAUGAUGAGAUUGAUUUGAGGAGAUUGCAGAAACUUGACAUCAAAACCUGUUGUCCAAACUCAAAGAGGCACGGACGUCACCGUCAUUUCCAACAUUUAUGGAAUCACGAGGAAACCGAAGAAAACAUGAUGCAAGAAAGCAGUGUUACUGAAUAUAGUAGACCAAUGAGUGAGCACAUAGAAAAAAUUCUUGAAAUAAUGGCGGAAGAGGGGAAAACUUUAGAUGCUAUAAAUGGAGGAAAAGGAACCCUUUCAAUGUGUAUAAGUAAGGAGAUAUUUGACAACGAAAAUACAAGUAUACCUGUCAGCCUUCCGGUGGAUGAUGUACAAAAAUCAUUUGAGAUUAUUGCUGACUGGACAGAAAUUCCCGUGUUCGUGUUUUUGUAUUCCGAAAGUGUUUACCAAUGGGUUUUGAUUUCUCCAAGAAAAUGCAACAAAGCAAGAAGUCCUACUUGUCGAUAUUACAUGACCAUACUGUACAAUCGAGAGAGUGGCUAUUUUGAUAGAAUUAUUCCAAAAACUGGCUGCAAUUGUCUCCAGGUUCACCCAUAUGUUGCAGCAUCAGAAAGGGACCUGAAGCAAGUGAGGAACAGCAAAGUGACAUCAAAAGAACGUCAUUGGCCACUUAUAACGUUUUUGCCAGAAAAGCCUAAACCUGCAGUGUUCACUGAAGAUAUCCGUCAGGAAAUGAAAGUCAUACCGAUGUAUUCCGAAGCUCUUCUUAUCAUGGAAAGAGAUGAUAUGAAAGACCGCCUAUUAGACAAUAUGUCGGAUUAUGCUUAUUCUCUUUAUCGGUGCAUCAGCAAAGAAAUAUUUGGAAAUGAAGAGCAGUUUAAAAUGAUAAUGAUGGAAACGGUGAAGGAGAUCAAAGAAAAUCCGGAUGUAUAUGGCCAUCUACUGAUGAAAGAAAAAGAGAACUCGGAUUCCGAUUUUUUAGAAAAUUUCAAGUAUCGGGCGCAUCAUGCGUUGGACGUUCUCCGAUUCCACAAAACACUAGUUAAAGAAAGUGCAUAUUUUUUUGCUGAUCGCAUAGAAGACGGGAUGGAUUUAGGUGAUUUAGAACUGUUUGCAGUUGCAACUCUUUUUCAAGUCCCAAUUUAUGUACUUUGCGCUAAAAUAAAUAAAAGGAAAUUCGAAACAGAAUGGACAUUAUUUACACAGAUAGUCAGAAAAAAACAGCCUAAUGAUUUUGCUGCUAGACGUCAAUAUCUAGCAGGAGAAAAUGCAGUUCACAAAUGUGUCUUUGAUGCAUCGAGUGGAUCAAAUUACUAUGUGACUCUUUAUCGAACAUUUUCCGGGCAUUAUCAUAGAAUUGUACCAAAAGAUCAAGUGUGCAACUGUCUGAAAGAGCCACCCCGGAAUGUCGUGGAAAAACAUAAGCAUACUGAUCAGCCAGAUUUCACCAUUUUCUUUGAAAUGACUAACGUUAAAAACAAACUGACAAUAGCAAAACUGCAACUGGACAACUGGUUGAGAUGCAACAUGGCACUUGAAAUAUUCUGCACAGAUAUCAUCGACAAAUUAGAAGGUCGUAGGCAAAACGCUAACAUUUCGAAUAUCUUUGGAUCCUCUGUUGGACUUGUGGGAUCAGCUCUGGCAAUAGCUGGAUUAAUUACAGCACCAUUCACUGCAGGAGUUUCUCUUGGUUUAGCAGUUGCAGGGGGUGUUAUUGGAACACUUGGUAGUGCUACUGUCAUAGGAACCCAAAUUACCGAGUUCGUUUUAACUAGGGAUGCAAUAUCAAUGUUGGAAAGAUAUCAGAUGAAUUUACGGGAGAGGUCUCGAUGCAUGGAAAAAUCUAUUUCAGAUCUCCAAAAAGAGAUGGAAAGAUUUAUUAUGGAAGAUACAAACAAUAUCAACGCGACGGCUGUUCAAACAGCUACUGGAGCACUGCGCAUGCUUGGUGGCUUGCCAAUUAUCAUUGCACGCGUGGUUGUACGAGCCGUCACCCUUGCCGAUGCAAUUUUGCCACCAUUGUCAAUAAUACUUGAUUUGGGCAUACUUGCAUAUAGCAUUUAUAAUCUAGCAACGGGAUCAAAAACAAACGUUACUGAACGCUUACGCAAAGUUCGAUCCGUUCUUAGAACGACAAGAAUUCAGAUGUUUACUUGGGGGUAUGGAAAUCAAAAAAAUUACAUGCAGACAAUGGAAAAUCUAAAAAUCAAGAGGACAUAGUGUCUGUAAUUACAUUCCGUGGAGGGAACAUUUGUUAAUAAAAUUACUUUUUUAUUUUACAAGUAUUCGAAUGAGAAAAUUAUCUUAUUAUUCAUCGUCCAGGCUAUUUUUCUUGUGCUAUUUAUAAAUACUAGAACAUAGUUGCUAGUUUACACUUAUCCACUGAUUGUGAGUGGGAUAGCUCUGUUAUCAAACCCGCGACAGGAACU